AUGGCAGAAUUAUCCCCAGACGAACUCAAUCAAAUUGCGUCAGUUUUUAAAGAACUGAAUGUAAAACCAAAAGCUGAUUCUGCUCAAGAUUUCAAACAAUGGAUGACUCAAUAUGUCACACAAAUGAAUGAAGAGGAGUUUGUUAAUGUUAAAACAGAACAACAAACUGAAAUUGUUAAAUCAGCAGCAUCAGGAAGCAACACUAGCUCCUAUAUCCCAAAGAUCUCUUGCUUUUCUGGAGACGGCAGCAAGAACGACACUACUUAUGAUCUUUGGCGAUAUGAAGUGGAUUGUUUAAUUAAAGAGAAAUACAAAGAGGAAUCUAUCGCUCAAUCAAUUAGAAGAUCACUAAGAGGAGAUGCUGGAAAAGUUGCAAUGAGACUUGGUUCUGGAGCCACUGUAACUCAGAUACUGGACAAGAUGGAGAGUGUAUUUGGAACAAUAGAACGAGGAGAAACCAUUAUGGAACAAUUUUACAGUGCUCGACAACAGAAAGACGAGGAUAGCAUGAGUUGGAGUUGUAGGUUAGAAGAGAUUUAUAGAAAAGCGGUCAUUAAAGGAGUUGCGACACAGGCAGAUGCUAAUGAGAAAUUAAGAUCCAAAUUCUGGAAUGGAUUGCAUCAAUGGAUUAAGGAUAUCACAGGAUACAAGUUUGAUGCACUCACAAAUUUUGAUGAACUUAGGAAGGAAAUCAGACUUGUAGAAAAAGAACAUGUAACGAAAAGAGCACAAUCAAACAUGGCUGUAACAUCGAGUGAACCUGAGACACAAGAUGAGAUCAAGGAACUCAAAGGAAUGAUUCAACAGCUUACCACCAAAGUCAGUGCUAUUGAACAAGGAACCGUAGUCCAAGAUAUAAUCAAGGAUAUUACCGCCAAUAUGAGUAUGGCUAUGGUGACCAAGAAUCUAAUCUACAAGAGACCGAAGAUGGACAACCAAUAUGCUAUAGAUGCAAACAACCUGGCCAUAUAG